AAUUGAGUUGCGUUUAAUUGCAGCCCAUAAACUCAGUUCAUUCGACUGAUGGACCCCAUACCAACUGGUCACAGGUGUUCAUUUAGUUAAAUUUUUGUUGUUGUUGCAAGAUGUAUGAAGAAUUUCCAUAGUGUGACUUAUUUUCAAGAGAUAGAGACUUACCUACACUUUUUAAAUGGACUAUCUGUAGAUUCUGAAGGUUAACUUACCGGUUCAAAGUGGUUCGUGAUGAUCGGGAGGUUGUGUGUUUUCUCGGUUAGCUUGUCGGAGAGCUGUUUAUACAUUCCGAGAGUUUUGUGCUGAGGCAGAACUCUUGGUAGAUGAUGGGAAUAAACCAAGUAGUUGUAAACCUAUACGCCCUUUAUAUUUUGAUUUUCAAGCGUCUACACAACUGGAUCCUCGCGUCUUAGAUGCCAUGUUGCCGUUUUAUAUUAGUCGUUUUGGUAACCCUCAUUCACGCACACAUGAGUAUGGUUGGUAUUGCGAAGAAGCCGUUGAGAAAGCUAGAGAGAACGUAGCCAAUCAGAUAGGUGCUGACCAUAAGGAGAUCAUUUUCACCAGUGGUGCGACAGAAAGUAACAACCUAGCUGUAAAAGGUGUUGCUAAGUUUUAUCACCCAAAGAAGAAACAUAUUAUAACUACACAAAUCGGGCAUAAAUGUGUCUUGGAUUCCUGUAGAGUUUUGGAAAACAACGGGUUUGAUGUUGCGUAUUUACCUGUUCAGAAAAACGGAAUUCUAGAUUUGGAGGUUCUGGAACAGUCUAUUAAACCCGAAACGAGUUUAGUCUCUGUCAUAGCUGUUAAUAAUGAGAUAGGUGUCCUUCAGCCCAUCGAAGAAAUCGGAAGACUAUGUCGAAGUAGAGGGGUUUCCUUCCAUACUGAUGCUGCACAAGCUUUCGGAAAAGUGCCAAUUGACGUCAAUGCUAUGAAUAUUGAUCUCAUGUCCAUUAGUGGUCACAAGAUAUGUGGUCCUCAGGGAAUUGGUGCUCUCUACGUAAGUCGUCGACCCAGGGUUCGAUUAGAAGCUCAGCAAAAUGGAGGUGGACAGGAACGUGGGUUAAGAUCUGGUACUCUUCCUACGGCCUUAGUUGUUGGCUUAGGUGAAGCAAGCCGUUUGGCCAGCGAGGAAAUGAAAGUAAGUUUUCAAAAAGAAUACUAUUUACUUCUUGUCAUCUAAAAACAUGAAUAACUUAUCAUUAGUGUUAUUCAUUUUGUUUCUUUUAUUAGGCUGAGAUCUUGCUUUUCAAUAUCAGUUUUUCCAAUACCUUUUAAAGGUUUCUGUCACUCAGUUAAUUUAUCAUGAUUAACGAUGAUUAUGAACAUGUUUCCAUGUUAAGUAAACGUUUAAUCGAUGGCAUCACUUCCAAAAUUCAACAUGUUACCCUUAAUGGUGAUCCAAUUCAACGUUAUCCAGGCUGUGUAAACUUUAGUUUUGCUUGCGUAGAGGGUGAAAGCUUACUCAUGGCUUUAAAGAAUGUCGCUCUAUCAUCCGGCAGUCCUUUAUGGGAAAUGGUACCAGAGGGAAUCGACAUAAAGUCGAUACAAUGGACACAACAUUGAUCAUUUGUUAUACUAUACUGGAAGUUUCAUUGUAGUUUUGUUCUUCAUCUUUACCACUAAAAACUUUUAUAUUCUUUUAUUUUCUAAGUGAAAUUAAAAUUUUAACAAACAUUCAUUUAACAAUUGGGUCAUGAAACUUCAAGAGUUAUUUUCCUGUUUCUUUGAAUAUUUCAAAAUAAGCUAUAUUUAUUCACAAUUUCACAUUGUAAAUCAAUUCUUAUUUUAGUUAAUUUCAAGGUGAUAUAUAUUUUAGUGUUGAAAGUAUUUGAAUAGUUUAAUAAAAAGCCGAAAAUUAUCAAAACUAUGUCGU